ACAAUUCUGAAUUCAGCUAGUCAUAAAUGAUCAAAAAUGUGACCCGGCUCGCACAGAAACACCUCCAAACUCAUGUCGUCAGUCUCGGCCGACGGCCGUCUUAGUCCACGUCACCGUGGUCCUGCGAAUCCGCUGAGAGAGUCGACGAACGGCGGCUGAGCGACGGCGCCGCGCCGCCCGGCGCCAGACGUCCCCCGUCGGUGGCGUGGUGCUGCAGGAUCGCCCUCGCCUCGUCCAGCGCCUGCAGGAGAGCGCUGUCGGACAUGGCCGCGGCGUCGGCCCUGUGCCACGCUCCCAAAGCCACGCUGCCAGCACGGCCGCUGCUCGUCCCGGCGGUGGAGUCGCGCCAGGGGGGCCGCGGGUGGCGGUCCCCCCGCUGGGGCGUCGUCGCUCGCGAGAGAGGCACGUUGGCGGAGCAGCUCAGCUGCUCCUCGAGGGAGCGGUUGAUGGCGCCGCCGACGGCGGCGAGGAGGAGCGCGCCGACGAGGAAGCAGGCGAAGGCGGCAAGCGCGAAGGGGAGCGGCAGGAUCUCGAACGCAAGGACGCCUACCCAUCCCAGCAGUCCGGCCGUGUGUGACUGCGCAUCUGCGCUGUGAGGGUCUCACUGCGGCGCGGGGCAUCGUCCCGCUCUCGCGCACCAAUGGCUGGCAGGUACAAGCAGAGCGCAGCCCACGUCGCGUGGCGAGCCGCGCGGCGGAAGUGCCAGGUGGACUGAAGGAAGACGCGCAGCCGGUCGGGGUGCGCCCGCUCGCGGAGGAUUUUUGCGGCGUAGUACUGCAUCGUCAUGAUGGCGGUGGAGUAGCCACUGAGCGCAGUCACGACCUGUGCGCGCGGUACCUGAGUUGCAGCUAGCUGGAGUGCGUCGGCCGGAUGCGGAGGGCACAGCACAGCGCACCGCGAUGAGGAGGGCAAACACGAGGACCGCUGGAGAGAGCUCCUGUGUCGGCGGUGCAUUAUACGCAAGUGGCGGAGGUGGCGCAUACGGAGUCAGUGCGGGCCAGCUUGAGGUCUGACGCAGGCGGUGCUGCUCCGCGUCGUUGGUGAUGCUCGCGAGGUUGACGAAGGAGCUAACUGCCGAGCCAAACACGACAGCCGACACGAUGGCGUAAGCGUUGUAUGCAUCCGCGCUGGCAUCUGUAAACCUGACGUUGCCGGCGCUGGCCGGAGCCUCACUCCUCGGAAGCAGAGGCUCGCUCGCCGAUUUCAGCGGGGGGCGUGGGGGAGCGGCUCCGCCGACGCUCUGCAGCCGGAUCAUGGAUGCUACACCAAGUGUUCUCGAGGUUCUCGAGGUGGAUAUCCUUUGGCCGCGUUGGGUAGCGAGGAUUGGUGUGACGCGCGUUGUGUUUUCUGACAGUGUUUUCUGACGGCCGUCAGUGAUCG